GUCAUCAUGGCGACGCGGGGCCAUGUGCAGGACCCUAACGACAGGCGCCUCCGGCCCAUUUACGAUUAUCUUGAUAAUGGGAAUAAUAAAAUGGCAAUUCAGCAGGCAGACAAAUUGUUGAAGAAACACAAGGAUCUUCACUGUGCUAAGGUCCUAAAGGCAAUUGGUUUACAGAGAACUGGAAAGCAAGAGGAAGCUUUCACUCUGGCUCAGGAAGUGGCCGCUCUGGAGCCCACAGAUGACAACUCACUCCAAGCACUGACCAUUCUCUACCGGGAGAUGCAUCGGCCGGAGUUAGUUACAAAACUUUAUGAGGCAGCUGUGAAGAAAGUUCCCAAUAGUGAGGAAUACCACUCGCACCUCUUCAUGGCCUAUGCCAGAGUGGGGGAAUACAAGAAAAUGCAACAGGCUGGCAUGGCUCUAUAUAAGAUUGUCCCCAAAAACCCUUACUACUUUUGGUCUGUGAUGAGCUUAAUUAUGCAAUCUAUAUCAGCACAGGAUGAAAACCUGUCUAAAACCAUGUUUCUGCCCCUUGCCGAGAGAAUGGUAGAAAAAAUGGUGAAAGAGGACAAGAUCGAGGCUGAGGCUGAGGUUGAACUUUAUUAUAUGAUCCUGGAACGCUUGGGGAAGUACCAGCAAGCCUUGGAUGUCAUUAGGGGGAAAUUAGGAGAGAAGUUGACAAGUGAGAUUCAGAGUCGAGAGAACAAAUGCAUGGCUAUGUACAAGAAGCUGAGCAGGUGGCCGGAGUGUAACGCUCUUUCCCGGCGCCUUUUACUGAAAAACUCAGAUGACUGGCAGUUCUAUCUGACUUAUUUCGAUUCUGUCUUUCGACUGAUUGAAGAGGCCUGGACCCCUCCCGCUGAAGGUGAACACUCUUUAGAAGGAGAAGUACAUUAUUCAGCAGAAGAGGCUGUGAAGUUUAUAGAAGACCGGAUAACAGAGGAGUCCAGAGGCUCUCGCCAUCUCCGAGGACCACAUCUGGCUAAACUGGAGCUGAUUAGGCGUUUACGAAGUCAAGGGUGUAAUGAUGAGUACAAGCUGGGAGACCCGGAAGAAUUGAUGUUCCAGUAUUUUAAAAUGUUUGGAGAUAAACCGUGUUGUUUUACAGACCUUAAAGUGUUUGUUGACCUAUUGCCAGCUACACAGUGUACAAAAUUCAUUAAUCAGUUACUUGGAGUCGUUCCUUUGUCGACACCCACAGAAGAUGAUAAGCUUGCACUGCCUGCUGACAUCCGAGCUCUGCAGCAGCAUUUGUGUGUGGUGCAGCUGACGAGGUUACUCGGUUUGUACCACACUAUGGAUAAAAAUCAGAAACUGAGUGUGGUCAGAGAACUGAUGUUAAGGUACCAGCAUGGACUAGAAUUUGGAAAAUCCUGUUUGAAAACAGAAUUGCAAUUUUCUGACUAUUACUGUCUCCUUGCUGUCCACGUGCUCAUUGAUGUAUGGAGAGAAACAGGUGAUGAGACUGCGGUGUGGCAGGCCGUGACUUUGCUGGAAGAAGGGUUAGCCCACAGCCCUUCCAACGCUCAGUUCAAAUUGCUGCUUGUUCGAAUCUACUGUAUGCUGGGUGCAUUUGAACCGGUGGUGGAUCUUUACUCCAGCCUCGAUGCUAAACAUAUCCAGCAUGAUACCAUUGGUUAUCUUUUGACCCGGUACGCCGCAUCCCUAGGUCAGUACGCUGCUGCCUCCCAGUCCUGUAACUUCGCACUCAGGUUUUUCCACUCCAACCAGAAAGAUACCUCAGAAUAUAUCAUUCAAGCUUACAAAUAUGGUGCAUUUGAGAAGAUCCCAGAGUUUAUCGCUUUUAGGAACAGGCUGAAUAAUUCUCUUCAUUUUGCACAAGUCCGUACUGAACGGAUGCUGUUAGACCUUCUACUUGAAGCAAAUAUAUCAAGCAGCUUAGCAGAAAGUAUAAAAUCAAUGAAUCUUAGGCCAGAAGAAGAUGACAUUCCAUGGGAAGAUUUGCGAGACAACAGAGACCUAAAUGUUUUUUUCAGCUGGGAUCCAAAAGACAGGGAUGUUUCUGAAGAACAUAAGAGACUUUCCUUGGAAGAAGAGACCCUGUGGUUAAGGAUCCGCUCCCUCACAUUAAGGCUUAUUAGUGGACUUCCCAGCCUCAACCACCCCAUGGAGCCAAAGAACUCUGAGAAAAGUGCUGAGAAUGGUGUGUCCUCCCGGAUUGAUAUUCUCCGCUUGCUCCUUCAGCAGCUGGAGGUAGCUGUGGAAAUGGGAAAGCGAUUCAUUGAGAAGGAAAUUCAGUAUCCUUUCCUUGGUCCUGUACCCACCAGAAUGAGUGGAUUCUUUAAUUCUGGCUGUUCCCAAUGCCAGAUAAGUUCCUUUUAUCUCAUUAAUGAUAUUUAUGAGCUGGAUACCAAUGGUUUAGAGGAUACAGUGGAGAUACAGGAGCGAGUAGAGAAUAGUCUUAAGUAUUUACUAGAACAGUUAAAAGAAUUGAUGAAUUUGCAAAUUUUCCUCUUUCAGACUAUUUCUAUUAUCCUUUGGGUAUCCAGUUACUGUGAGAGCAUCCUGCGACCGUUCAAACUAAAUUUACAAAAAAAGAAAAAGAAGAAAAAAGAAACUAGCAUCAUCAUGCCGCCUGUCUUCACCAGUUUCCAAGACUAUGUUACUGGACUUCAGACUUUAAUCUCCAAUGUUGUGGAUCAUGUUAAAGGGCUUGAAGCACAUCUAAUUGCACUUAAGCUUGAAGAACUUAUUUUAGAAGAUACUUCAUUCUCUCUGGAAGAAAGAAAGGUUUCAAAGACUGUUCAAGGGAAGGUGAGAAGCAGUUACCUGCACUCACUCCUGGAGACAGGGGAGCUGCUGAAAAAAAGACUUGAGACCACAAAGAAGCUAAAGAUUUAAGAAGGUAAUCCACAGGCCUUGAUGACAACAGCUGAAAACGAUGAAACCAUCUUCCCAGCAAAAGCCACACUAGUUGACCAUCGUUUUAAUCCAGAACUUCCUCAUAAAAUGCAUGGACUUUGAUCGUGAAUUAAUUUUUUGAGGUAUUAAAUAUGUACAACUGAUUAAAUUAUUGUAUAUAAAGCAGAAGCAGGAGCCCUGAAGU